AUGGGAGGCACUAUAUCUGCAGGUGUUUAUCUGGUCAAAACCACCGAUACAGGUGCCCCUCCACCCUUUGAGAAAGACGUUUCAGUGAAAGAAGUGGAAGACUCGUUCAGAGUGAAAGAGGAGGAUGAUGUUACAGUAAAAGAAGAGGAGGCAGAGAAAGAGGAGGAUGCAGUUUUUGGAGUGAAAGAGGAGGUUGUAUAUCUGUUUAACACCAGAGAGAGACGGGACUAUCGUGGAUCCUCUGGGGAGCCUCAACAACCUCAUGAUGCUGACGAGGCAGAGAAGAGUUCCUCCCGAUCAGAACACCUCAACAAACACCAGCAGAGACCCACAGGGAAGAGAACUCACCACUGCUCUGACUGUGGGAAGAGAUUCACCUCCUCAGCAGACCUCAAAAGACAUCAGAGAAUCCAUACAGGAGAGAAACCUUAUAACUGUGCUCAAUGUGGGAAGAGAUUCACCACCUCAUCAGGCAUUAAAAUUCACCAGAGAAUCCACACAGGAGAGAAACCUUAUAGCUGUGCUCAAUGUGGGAAGAGAUUUACCACCGCAUCAGGCAUUAAAAUUCACCAGAGAAUCCACACAGGAGAGAAAAAUUUUAGCUGCUCUGACUGUGGAAAGAGUUUUGGUACUUCAGGAUGUUUAAAAUCACACCAGAGAACACACACAGGAGAUAAACCUUAUAGCUGUGAUCAAUGUGGGAAUAGUUUUACUAAAGCUGGCAGUCUGACUAAACAUCAGAGAACACACACAGGAGAGAAACCUUUUAGCUGCCCUGACUGUGGAAAGAGUUUUGGUACUUCAGGAUGUUUAAAAUCACACCAGAGAACACACACAGGAGAUAAACCUUAUAGCUGUACUCAAUGUGGGAAGAGUUUUACCCAGUCAACCAGCCUGAUAUCACACCAAAGAACACACACAGGAGAAAAACCUUAUAGCUGUACUCAAUGUGGGAAGAGUUUUACUCAGUCAGGUGGCCUGAAAUCACACAAGAGAACACACACAGAAGAGACAGCUUAUGGCUGUACUCAAUGUGGGAAGAAUUUUGUAUCAAUUGGCUAUCUGAAGAGGCACCAGAGAACACACACAGGAGAUAAAUAUUUUUGUUGUGAUCAAUGUGGGAAGAGUUUUGGUACAUCUGGCUAUCUGAAGAUACACCAGAGAACACACAGGAGAGAAACCUUAUAGCUGUGAUCGAUGUGGAUACUCUGAUAAACGAUCUGAUAAAACAUUAGAAAAUACAUACAUUGAAGGAGUUGUUUCCUGAUAUCAAUUAAAUAAUGUCACAAUGUAGAAUGUUUAUACAUUGUAGUAGGAGUAUUUUAAUAAUGUCACAAUGUAGAAUGUUUAUACAUUGUAGUAGGAGUAUUUUAAUGAUGUCACAAUGUAGAACCCUAAACGUUUGUCCCCUGUUCUAUUGAUUUGGACACAUUAAAACUGUGUUUUGACAUUGGGCUAUCCCACCCUAGCAAAAUGUAAUUGAAAAAAUGUUGAAAAGAAGACUGCCCGACGUCCAGUACACGUUUGGUUUUAGUUGAGAAGAUUUCGUUUUUUCAACGUACUUGCAGCCUAAACACAUGGACGCAGUAUAAUAAAUGGGUCUAUAAUCAAUUUUAUUAUUAA